GGCAGCCAAGAUGGCGGCGCGCUGGAGUAGCGAGAAUGUGGUGGUGGAAUUCAGGGACUCUCAGGCAACAGCAAUGUCCGUAGAUUGUCUUGGGCAGCAUGCGGUGCUUUCUGGGCGCCGUUUCCUCUACAUUGUGAACCUGGAUGCACCGACUGAUGGCCACCGCAAGAUUUCCCGUCAGAGCAAGUGGGACAUUGGGGCCGUGCAGUGGAAUCCCCACGAGAGCCACGCACACUUCUUUGCUGCAUCGAGCAACCAACGUGUUGACCUGUAUAAGUGGAAGGACGGUAAUGGGGAAAUCGGCACUUCCUUGCAAGGACACACGCGUGUCAUCAGUGAUUUGGACUGGGCGGUGUUCGAGUCAGAUCUACUGGUUACCAGUUCGGUUGACACAUACAUCUACAUCUGGGACAUCAAAGAUACCCGAAAACCUACUGUCUCUCUCUCCGCGGUUGCUGGAGCCUCCCAGGUAAAGUGGAAUAAGAAAAAUGCCAAUUGCUUGGCAACCAGCCAUGAUGGGAAUGUGCGCAUUUGGGACAAAAGGAAACCAAGCACCGCUGUAGAGUAUCUGGCUGCGCACCUCUCUAAAAUCCACGGCCUGGAUUGGCACCCAGACAACGAAAAUAUUUUGGCCACCUCCAGUCAGGACAAUUCAGUCAGGUUUUGGGACUACCGACAACCUCGAAAAUACCUCAACAUUUUGGCCUGUCAAGUUCCGGUCUGGAAAGCCAGAUAUACGCCUUUUAGCAACGGGCUGGUAACAGUGAUGGUGCCCCAGCUUCGAAGAGAGAACAGCCUCCUUCUUUGGGAUGUCUGCGAUCUCAACACGCCGGUUCACACCUUUGUGGGACAUGAUGAUGUUGUGCUAGAAUUCCAGUGGAGGAAACAGAAGGAAGGGUCAAAGGACUAUCAGCUGGUCACCUGGUCUCGAGAUCAGACCCUUCGGAUGUGGCGAGUGGAUUGUCAGCUACAGCGGUUAUGCUCCAGCGACCUCUUGGAGGGAGUGGAGGAGCUGAUUGAUGGGAUUUCCCUCCUGCCAGAGGCAGACAAGGCCCUGCCAGUCCAAGAGACGGAGCCUCAGCAGAACUUCACCCACGGAGAGGAGGAAAUUUUUAAAGAAGAUUCCCAGAAAAGCUUUCUGGUAGGAAAGAAGCUGGACCAGCUGGGGCUGCCUCAAACCUUACAACAGGAGUUCUCUCUGAUCAACGUGCAAAUCCGCAACGUAAAUAUGGAGAUGGACGCCGUCAAUCGGAACUGCACGGUCUCUGUGCACUGCAGCAACCACAGGGUGAAGAUGUUGGUGAUGUUCCCGGCACAGUAUCCUAACAACGCCGCCCCCUCCUUCCAGUUUGUCAACCAGACCACGAUCCCUUCUACCAUGAAGGCCAAGUUGUUGAAGAUCUUGAAGGACACUUCCAUGCAGAAAGUGAAGCGCAAUCAGUGCUGCCUGGAGCCAUGUCUACGCCAGCUGGUCUCCUGCCUGGAGUCUGUUGUGAACCAGGAAGACAGCUCCUCCACUGAUCCCUAUGCGCUCCCGAAUUCCGUAACGCCGGCUUUGCCAACCUUUCCGAGGGUCUCCAAUGCCUACGGCUCCUAUCAGGAUUCCAAUAUUCCCUUUCCUCGAACCUCUGGAGCGAGGUUCUGUGGGGCAGGGUACCUGGUAUACUUCACCAGACCAAUGACGAUGCACCGUACGGCCUCACCUACUGAACCAACACCGCGAUCCUUGUCAGCCCUGUCGGCCUACCACAGUGGCCUCAUCACGCCCAUGAAGAUCCGUACAGAGAACCCUGGCAACCUGCGGUUGUACGGUGGGAGUCCCACGCGUAGUGAAAAGGAGCAGGUCUCCAUCAGUUCCUUCUACUACAAGGAGAGGAAGUCCAGGAGAUGGAAGAGCAAACGCGAGGGGACCGAGGCCAGCAGCCGGCCCAUCAAAGCAGCUGGCAAAGUCAUCAUUCAGGAUAUCUCCUGCCUGCUCCCCGUCCAUAAAUCAUUAGGGGAGAUGUAUAUACUAAACGUGGUGGAUAUUCAGGAGACCUGCCAGAAGAACGCCGCCUCAGCCUUGACAGUGGGACGCCGAGACCUCUUGCAGGUUUGGUCCCUGGCCACGGUGGCGACCGAUCUCUGCCUGGAUCCCAACGCCGACCCAGACUUGGAGACCCCCUGGGCCCAGCACCCUUUCGGCCGCCAGCUCCUGGAGUCUCUGUUGGCACAUUACUGCCAGCUCCACGAUGUGCAGACCUUGGCUAUGCUGUGCAGCGUCUUUGAGACCCAAUCCAGACCGCAGGGAAUUCCAAACCCCUCCUCAGGCCUGGCUCCUCAGCACCCCUCCAGCCACAGUCGAUACCCCAGCUUUACCUCCUCUGGCUCUUGUUCCAGCAUGUCAGAUCCUGGACUGAGCACCAGCAGUUGGAACACAGCCAACAAAGACAUGGAACACACGCUAGGCUGGGCCGAAUCUUCGCCUGACGACUUUCGCCUUGGGAACUUGGCGUAUGCUGAUCCCCGGGACCGAGAGAGAGACCAGCAUGACAGGAACAAAAGGCUUCUGGAUCCUGCCAACACGCAGCAGUUCGACGACUUUAAAAAGUGCUACGGAGAAAUCCUGUAUCGCUGGGGCCUGCGAGAGAAACGUGCCGAAGUCCUCAAGUUUGUUUCCUGCCCCCCCGAGCCUCAUAAAGGAAUUGAGUUUGGCGUCUUCUGCAGCUACUGCCGCAGCGAAGUGCGCGGCAUUCAGUGCGCCAUCUGCAAAGGCUUUGCCUUCCAGUGUGCCAUCUGCCACGUGGCCGUGCGGGGCUCUUCCAACUUCUGCCUGACCUGCGGCCACGGGGGGCACACCAGCCACAUGAUGGAAUGGUUCCGUAGCCAGGAAGUCUGUCCCACGGGCUGCGGCUGCCACUGCUUGCUGGAGAGCACUUUCUGACCAGCCAUCUUCGGCGCCCGACUUGGAUCAUUCCCAGGCCAGAUGAUCUCCAGCUGACCGGCAAGGAAGGCCCCAGGUGACUUCUGACACAGAUGGCCAGUCUCCUUGAGGGCACUCUUGACAGAAGUGAAAUGCGGUGGCUGGUGGUUGCCUAACUUUUUGAGGCUGUUCUGUGCUAACCGAGCGGAAGAGAAGAGAGAACGGAAGCUGAAGAGCAACUUGGUAUGAUGAAAAGUUCACAACGGGGGCGGGUGGGGGCAGCGUCUUCCCCCCCUCCAAAACAUGUACUUCUGGAAGGCCUUCUGUCCAGUAACAUUGCAACAGCAGUUGCUUUUUUCGACGGACCUCUAAAGUCUUGAGAUUAUACGAGGAGAUCAGAGUGAACAAAUAAUUUUUACCAAGACACGGAAAAAGUCUUCAAUCUUUGCAGGGUAGGAGGCUUGAAUGAAUCAGCGUGUCCUUUGGGAGGAAGGGAGUGCCCAACUGCAGCACAGACCCUGGAGAAAUUGGAGAGGCUUACCUAUCCUGUGGCAGGUAUUUACUUUCUUCCUCACCUCACCUGCCACUGGAAAAUUGCCCUUUUUUCAAAGAUGCUGAGCUGUAAUUGCUUCCCUGGAAUUGACUCAUUUGACAAAUGUAGGAGCAGAUUCUUUUAUUUUAUUUUUUUUUAAAGGGGGCUUGGAUUCUGAAACAACAGGGCCAAUAUUUGGCUUUAGAUUAACAAUUUCAGGACUGAACUAUCUGUGUUUUUGGUGCUGAAAUGCACUUGAAUCUGAUGGAAACGAUGGUUUCUGGCAGGGAGCCAGAAACCCUAUAAAUUCUUUGUGGUACCAACAGGAAUCUGGACUGAGCCCUCCCGCUUUGGAUUAGAUCCUUCGGUGCCUGGAUUUCGGUUUGCCGACCAUCUCUGAAGCAUAGAGACCAUGUCAGAGUUUCCUUCAAGCCACGAAGCUGAAGAAGUGUAUUUUUGUAUAUUCACUGAAUAAUUAAGAAAGUUUUAUAAAAAAAUUCGUGUUCUGCA